GCAAUUACAAUCUUAUUUAAAUCGGUCCGUCAUUGGGCGAGUCGACACUCGACAAAAUGGCAAAAGCCCUAGUGUUAUGCGCAGCAGUUUUUUUUGUAUUUUGGUGUCAUUUUGCUUGCGCGGCCCAACGCACCUACCAAUUAAAUGGCCGCAAUCGUGCGACCGUUAACACCGGCUUCCGUCGAUGUUGCAACGGGCGCGUCACUGAAGUUACGGAGUCUGUAGCGGCAACGCUGUACGACAAGAAUCGCAGGAGGACCAAUUUCGGAUCCAGUAGAUUCACGAGGCGCAUGUCAGAACUGGACAAACAGCCUGGAGAUCAAAAGGGUCAUAUCUUAGCGUCCUUUGCCGGUGGACCUGCGGAAAUUUGGAAUCUGGCCCCUCAAGCCGAUAACGUCAACAAAAGACUGCUCAACAGAAAUAGUAUCCUUGCUGGAUGGUAUGAAUGCGAGAACUGGAUCAAAAGGGAACUAGAGAGAGGAAGAAAUCUGCCGGUGCGAGCUACCAUGAGGCUGAGCUAUGGCGCCAAUUGCAGACCCACCCAUUGGUCGAUAGAAGCGAGGAAUUCCAAUCCGAAUGAUCCAGGAUGCAGGGCCGUGAAUAUUAGAAACGGCUUCGGCGGCUCGUUUACCUGCAGGAAGCAUUAAAAUUAUUCUACGAACUUUAUUGCUAGUCACAAUAAAACUAUUUAUU